AUCAACCGCCCCCAGCCCCUCGCUAACAGCUGCAACGAGCCAUGCGUCCAUCAGUGCCCUGACUCCACGAUUGUGAUCCAGCCACCUCCCAUCGUUGUCACCUUCCCUGGCCCCAUCCUCAGCUCCUUUCCCCAGGAUUCAGUUGUGGGAUCCUCUGGAGCACCCGUCCUUGGGGGCUAUGGGGGUCUGUACAGCUAUGGGGGCUCUCUGGGUUACAGGGGUCUGUAUGGCUAUGGUAGACCCUAUGGUGUUGGCUAUUGCAACCGUUACUCCUACGGCUAA